AUGGCGCCCGGCAGUCCUACGAAGUUGAGCGCAACGCCUCCGUCGCGGCGCCCAGAUGACGGCAUCAUAGCCCUACGGUACGAAGAAGCGCUCGCUGCGAAACCACCGAUUCCCGUCACCGUUGCACCGCCUCUCACGCCUCCCACGGAGAUCCACCCUGCGCUUCGCAGGCCUACCAGCGGCUUCGAGGACAAGGAUAACACGAAAAGAGAUUCUGGUCUUGCGCCCACGACAUCCUUGAAGGCGCGAGAGGGCUCGAUCAACACAAUUGAAAAGCAUGCGUCAAUUGCCUCCUCCAUCCAUUCCAAUCGUUCGCUCACGAAGGUCCCGAGUGCGCCCCAGACGCCAACACGGGAGCCAGCACAAGCGCCAACAACGCCGAAGCAGAGAAAUAGUGGCAGUGGCAGUCGCAGUUCCGACAGUCUGCGCAGGUGGAGAAUACCUGGCUCGAGGAAGAGCAGCAAUCCUGGGACGCCUACGAAGAGGUUGACAUCUGUUUCGACAGAGGACUUCUCUCCAAUUACGACCCCUAUACCGACUGAUAGCUUGCUGGAUGACAACUUCCUCGACAAUAUGUCGUUCUCGAAAAGGGGAAGCAUGAUGCUCGGCGGGAAGAAGGCAGUCAACGAACAGGCGCGUACCAAUGGCAAGAUAAGACAACCCAGCUUCUCUCUACUAGUUUCGCCAUCGCCAAAGCUACUUUCAGACGACCUCGAGAUGGAAUCCCAAAAGGUCAGAUCGAUGUAUGAGACGGGGGAAGAAUUUGACUGGCAUAAUGGAAGAACCACAGCAAUGGAAACCCGGUCCGAUACCGAGGGACAGGGUGUACUGGAGAAGGAGUCUGGGACGAUGAAUGGGUUUCUUAGCCCGAAUAAUUUGUCGCAAAGGCCAGAGAGCGCAUCAUCUACCAAGAGUGAAGGAGCAAUCAAGAGGCCGCACGAGUUAGCUGGAGGUAUUGAGGACUGGGAGGAUGUCAGUGGCCAGGAUGUUGAUAGAUAUGGCUUCAUCAACCUGCAGAGAAGCGCUUCAAGAUCGGGAACCCCCGAACCAAGACCCCCGCAGCGGGUUUCCACUGUACUGCAGCUCGCAUCAGAGACCCCUCGAAGAAAGCGAACGUUUGGCCGCUCUGCCUCGACUGCAACCUCUCUCAAGGCUCCUUUUAAGUCACCUCCCAGUCGGAAAAUGGCCGGGUCCCUCAAGACCUCCGCAUCAACUGCUUCACAGCGGAGCAAUCACUUGCAUAUGCGAGCAGCUGUGAAUCAUUUGCCUGGUAACAGGGACAAGCGAUGGAUGGAUGAAGCCGGGGAUAUGCUGACCCUACCUCCUGGUCUGGCAGACAUUGCCGAAGACGAGGAGGGUGGAAAGGCUGCUGAAUCUCUCAAGAAGAGGGAGUGGGAGCGCACAGAAAAGUGGCGGAAAAUGGCGAAGGUUGUAAAAACUGGGAACAACGGAGAGGGUAUGGAGUUUGAAUUCGAUACAAAAAACCCAAAGUUGAUCGAGCGAACCUGGAAAGGAAUCCCUGAUAGAUGGCGUGCUGCUGCAUGGCACUCUUUCUUGAGCACUUCUGCGAAGAAGAGGGAGAAUAGUGCAACGGACGAGCAGAUUGUCGAUGCUUUCCACAGGCUACAACAUCAGAGCUCCGCAGACGAUGUUCAAAUUGAUAUUGAUGUUCCCAGAACUAUCAACAGCCAUAUCAUGUUCAGACGGCGAUACCGAGGCGGCCAGCGACUCCUGUUCAGAGUUCUUCAUGCUCUGUCUUUAUACUUCCCUAGCACUGGCUACGUGCAAGGGAUGGCAUCACUAGCAGCUACUCUCCUGUGUUAUUAUGAUGAGGAGAAGACGUUCAUCAUGUUGGUCCGAAUGUGGACAUUGCGUGGCCUCGACAAACUCUACGAAUCAGGAUUUGGGGGAUUAAUGGCAGCGCUGGAUGAAUUUCAGACCCAGUGGCUAGAUGGAAGCGAAGUAGCGAAGAAACUGGCUGAGCUCAAUAUUGAACCCACUGCUUAUGGCACCAGGUGGUACCUGACUUUAUUCAACUAUUCGAUCCCCUUUCCAGCCCAACUCCGGGUCUGGGAUGUAUUCAUGCUCCUUGGCGACUCCGACCUGACCAUCCAGCCCAGCAAGGAACGUCCUUUUGCUGGAGGUCUUGAUGUCCUCCAUGCUACUAGUGCAGCGUUGAUUGAUGGGACGAGAGAGAUUCUUCUUGAUAGCGAUUUCGAGAAUGCCAUGAAGGUCCUCACAAGCUGGAUUCCUGUAAAGGAUGAGGAGUUGUUGAUGAGGGUCACUAAAGCGGAGUGGAAGCUCCACAGGGGCAAAAAGAAGAACUGA